GCAGCCACGCUUCAAAGAGCCCACGGCGCCCUACAGAGGCAGGGAGCCUCCUCAACUUUGGCCAGAAUGGCACAGCCAAAGGGGGUUGAUUGGACGGUCGUCAUCCUGACUUGCCAGUACAAGGAUAAUGUCCAGGUCUUCCAGAGAGAGCUGGAGGUGCGGCAGAAGCGGGAGCAGAUCCCAGCCAGGACACUGUUACUGGCUGUGGAGGACCCCGAGAUGCGCGUGGGCAGUGGAGGAGCCACCCUCAAUGCCCUGCUGGUGGCUGCGGAACACUUGAGUGCCCGGGCAGGCUUCACUGUGGUGACAUCGGAUGUCCUGCACUCGGCCCGGAUCCUUAUCCUGCACAUGAUGUGCUUCCUGCCCUUGCCCCAGCUGUCUCUCUUUUUCGACAUCCUGCUCUGCAUGGCCCGGAAUGUGAACAGGGAGGACUUCCUGGUGGGGCAGCCUCCAGAGAUGGGCCAAGGGGACGCGGACAUGAAAAGUUACCUGCACGGUGCCCGUGCUGCGCUGUGGAGCGAGCUUCGCAAUCAGCCCCUCACCAUGGCUUACAUCCCUGACGGCAGCUACAGCUACAUGACCAGCUCGGCCAGUGAGUUCUUACACAGCCUCACGUUCCCAGGGGCUCCCACAGCCCAGGUCGUGCACUCCCAGGUGGAGGAGCCACAGCUCCUGGGUGCCAAGAGCUCUGUGGUCAGCUGUCUGCUGGAGGGCCCUGUCCAACUGGGUCCUGGGAGUGUCCUGCAGCACUGCCACCUUCAGGGCCCCAUUCACAUCGGCACUGGCUGCUUGGUGAGUGGCCUGGACACGGCCCAGUGCGAGGCACUGCACGGCUUGGAGCUGCAUGACCUCGUCCUGCAGGGGCACCACGUGCGGCUGCAUGGUGCUCCCAGCCGUGUCUUCACCCUUGUCGGCUGUCUGGACAGCUGGGAGAGACAGGGGACAGGAACAUAUCUUAACAUGCCCUGGAGUGAAUUCUUCCAGAAGACAGGCAUUCGAGACUGGGAUCUGUGGGACCCAGACACGCCCCCUGCAGAGCGUUGCCUUCUUAGUGCCCGCCUGUUUCCUGUGCUCCACCCCUCGAGGGCCCUGGGGCCCCGGGACAUGCUGUGGAUGCUGGACCCCCAGGAGGAUAGGGGCAAGGCCCUACGGGCCUGGCGAGCCUGCUGGCGUCUGUCAUGGGAGCAACUGCAGCCAUGCCUGGACCGGGCUGCCACCCUGGCCUCCCGCCGGGACCUGUUCUUUCGCCAGGGCCUGCAUAAGGUGAGGCACGUGCUGGAGGCCCGGCAGGACCUCAGCCUGCGCCCGCUCAUCCAGGCCGCUGUCCGAGAGGGCUGUCCUGGGCCCCUGCUGGCCACGCUGGACCAGGUUGCAGCUGGUGCGGAAGACCCUGGGGUGGCGGCCCGGGCUCUCGCCUGUGUGGCGGAUGUACUGGGCUGCAUGGCAGAGGGCCAGGGAGGCUUACGGAGCGGGCCAGCUGCCAACCCCGAGUGGAUGCGGCCCUUCUCAUACCUGGAGUGUGGAGACCUGGCAGCCGGUGUGCAGGCGCUUGCCCAGGAGCGGGACAAGUGGCUGAGCAGGCCAGCCUUGCUUGUGCGAGCUGCCCGCCACUAUGAGGGAGCUGGGCAGAUUCUCAUUCGCCAGGCUGUGAUGUCAGCCCAGCACUUUGUCUCCAUGGAGCCAGUGGAGCUGCCAGCACCUGGGCAAUGGGUGGUGGCUGAGUGCCCAGCUCGUGUGGAUUUCUCUGGUGGCUGGAGUGACACACCACCCCUUGCCUAUGAGCUUGGUGGGGCAGUGCUGGGUCUGGCUGUGCGAGUGGACGGCCGCCGGCCCAUCGGGGCCAGGGUACGCCGCAUCCCAGAGCCCGAGCUGUGGCUGGCAGUGGGGCCUCGGCAGGACAAGAUGACCACGAAGAUAGUGUGCUGGAACCUAGAGGAUCUGCAGGAUUACUGCCAGCCUCAUGCCCCAGGGGCUCUGCUGAAGGCAGCCUUCAUCUGUGCGGGGAUCGUGCAUGUUGGCUCCAAGCUUUCCCUGAGAGAGCAGCUGCUGCACACCUUCGGGGGUGGCUUCGAGCUGCACACCUGGUCUGAGCUGCCCCAUGGCUCUGGUCUCGGCACUAGCAGCAUCCUGGCAGGUGCAGCCCUGGCUGCCUUGCAGAGGGCCGCAGGCCGGGUGGUGGGCACAGAGGCCCUGAUCCAUGCAGUGCUGCACCUGGAACAGGUGCUCACCACAGGAGGUGGCUGGCAAGACCAAGUGGGUGGCCUCAUGCCUGGCAUCAAGGUGGGGCGCUCUCGGGCUCAGCUGCCACUGAAGGUCGAGGUGGAAGAGAUCACUGUGCCUGAGGGCUUCAUCCAGAAGCUCAAUGACCACCUGCUCCUGGUGUACACCGGCAAGACCCGCCUGGCCCGGAAUCUGCUGCAGGAUGUGCUGAGGAGCUGGUAUGCCCGGCUGCCUGCUGUCGUGCAGAACGCCCGAAGCCUGGUGCAGCACACCGAGGAGUGCACGGAAGCCUUCCGCCAAGGGAGUCUGCCUUUACUGGGCCAGUGCCUGACCACAUACUGGGAACAAAAGAAGCGCAUGGCUCUAGGCUGUGAGCCCCUGGCUGUGCGGCGGAUGAUGGAUGUCCUGGCCCCCCACGUGCAUGGCCAGAGCCUGGCAGGGGCAGGUGGUGGAGGCUUUCUGUAUCUGUUGACCAAGGAGUCGCAGCAAAAGGAAGCUCUGGAGGCUGUGUUGGCCAAGACUGAGGGCCUCGGGAACUACAGUGUCCACCGGGUAGAGGUGGACACUCAGGGCCUGAGCCUGCAGCUGCUGGCGAAUGAGACCUCAACCUGAUGCCCCUUCCCAGGUUUGUCCCUCUGUAAGAGGAGAAAACCCGGAGCUGCAGCAGCCUUUCCCUCCCUUCCUCCAUGGGAAGGUCAGCCUUCUACUCUACCCACUGCUCUGUGAACCUGCUCCUAAAGGAAGCCAGCCAGCAUGAGCUUGGGCCCAGUCCUUUCUGGAGCCUGGUGAAACAGGUGGUGCCCGGGAGUAGGACUGUGACCUCCUGGUUGAGUGUGGUCUAGGGUUGGCCUCUAGACAUAGGAAAGUCCCAAGCGUAGUGUCCCAUGUGGCCUUUACAAAUCCAUGGCCUGCCUUGGCCUUCUUACUCCCCACUACAGCCUGGAAAAAGCAGGACAACCAGUUUUAGCACCUGUCUGGGGGCCCCUGGUAAGCCAAUCCUGAAGACACUCUUUGAGGCAUUUCCUGUGGCCUUCCUGAAAGUCCUGCUUCUGUCUGAGAAGAGACUUCCUGUUCACACUCACUCCCAGGCUGAUUUGAUUGGGGAGUGGGAACAAGGGUGGGGAUCCCUACUCGUUUGUGGCCGUGAGCCAGUGCAGGUCAUGGUUAAUAGAGGCCUUCACCAUGAACCCUAUGGACAACGCCACGUGACCCAGUGUCUGCGGGCUGCUGGUUCUCAAAAUUACAACCUUCUUAGAAUAAAUUCACUCUGUCCUUCAAAGCUAUCUUCA